ACGCGAGUAGAAAGCGAGAGAGAGGCAACCCCGCCCUUCUCCUGGUGUGGAACAAAACUGCCGGUCUAACCUCACUACGCUACAAUAUACGUUGAGGCUUUAUUUCUUCGAAUGGCAGGCUGCUGAGCAUGUGGAAUAGCCUACAGUCCACAAACAGUGGAGGUUUUUGGCUGGCUUGUAGCAUACACACAGCAUCACUUGUCAGACAUCAUCAUAGCGACACUGUUCUGUCAUUGUUGUCCAUGCUGAACGUUAUAAAUACUGGAAACAAGUUGUAAGGACAAAACAAUUUCUUAGACUUACAUUGAUAGGUAAAUAGAUAUUUGUUUUAUACUUUUUUGACAAUGGAAGGAAACACUAAAUUCAUCAGCCCCUUUCACAGACCACGGUGUCUGGCGGCGGCGGCACCGGGAGGAAAAGCGAAAUUAACUCACCCAGGAAAGGCGAUUCUUGCAGGUGGUAUAGCAGGAGGGAUAGAAAUCUGCAUCACCUUCCCUACUGAGUAUGUGAAGACUCAACUACAGCUGGACGAGAAGGCUAACCCUCCCAAAUACAGGGGCAUUGGGGACUGUGUGAAGCAGACCAUAAAGGGUCAUGGGGUGAGAGGCCUGUACCGAGGACUGAGCUCACUGCUCUACGGAUCCAUUCCCAAAUCAGCUGUCAGGUUUGGUGUGUUUGAGUUUCUCAGUAACCAUGCUCGUGAUGAGGCAGGGAAGUUGAACAGCACCAGGGGUCUGUUAUGUGGGCUAGGGGCUGGAGUCAUGGAGGCUGUAGUCAUAGUCUGUCCCAUGGAAACAGUCAAGGUUAAGUUCAUCCAUGACCAGUCUUCAGCCAAGCCCAAAUACAGAGGCUUUUACCAUGGAGUCAGUGAGAUCAUCAGAACCCAAGGUGUAAGGGGGACUUACCAGGGCCUGACGGCCACCGUCCUGAAGCAGGGCUCCAACCAGGCCAUCCGCUUCUACGUCAUGACCUCCCUCAGGAACUGGUACAAAGGGGAUAACCCCAGUAAGAGUAUUAACCCUGUGGUGACAGGAACCUUUGGAGCCAUUGCUGGAGCAGCCAGCGUAUUCGGGAACACUCCCCUAGAUGUCAUUAAGACCAGGAUGCAGGGUCUGGAGGCUCAUAAGUACAAGAGUACGCUGGACUGUGCCGUGAAGAUCAUGAGACACGAGGGUGUCCGAGCGUUCUAUAAGGGGACGGUUCCUCGGCUGGGCCGUGUGUGUCUAGAUGUGGCUAUCGUCUUCAUCAUCUACGAGGAGGUGGUCAAGGUUCUUAAUGGCAUCUGGAAGACGGAGUAAAUGGGAGCAGGAUGUAGUCUCUUCUGACCUCUGACCUCAAUGUGCCAAAUAGGAUGUGACUGGACAUCUGAGCCUGCUACCAGACUGGGGUCCAAAAUGGUAUCCUAUUUCAGCCAGGACCAAAAUGUUUGCCAAUGUAUUCCCUCCCUACUGGGUAGGAGUGUCUGCUUUAAUGUAAAUGCUAUAUAAUGCACUACUUUUGACCACACAGCUCAUAGAGCUCUGGUUUAAAGUAUGGCACUAUGUUGGGAAUAGGAUGCCAUUUUAGACUCAGCCAUACAUACUAAAACACUACUACUGGCUGAACUGUAGGCAGAAUGCCAGCUGUCGUGAAUAAUGUCUAAUAUAUUUACAGAUAACCUUGCUGUUUGGAUUAUUUUACUUAGGUCACAAAACCCUUGUCUGAAAGAGCUACAUGAUGUAUCCCUGCACUAAUACACCUUUAACCAAAGCCCCCGUAUCGGGCGUGGAACUGGGACACAAUCCUGCACAUAAUGUCACUCUCCAGAGCCAGGACUGAAUAACUAAAUGAUGUUUCUAUAAAUGAUUUACAGUGUCAUUAUGAGUUUUCUGAAUGGUAGUGAGAGUCGUAUCCUGGUGUAAAAGCAUAGUGUUUGCUGCCUGUUCUGAGACUCUAGCUACAGUAGUAAAUACUACAUGUAACUCACACCGGCCCAUGGGAAAGGGUUUUCAUUUUUACAAAAUAUGACCAAGCCUUUUAUGCAAUAUGUUUACUUCUGUGAUAUGACAUUUAUUUUUAUAAUGCGUUUUAUGAUUAUAACUAGUGGAGUGUUUUGUUUUUACUCAGUGCCAAGGCCCUUCAGCCCAUAGCAAGAUGCCAAGCUGAGACCAACUAUAUUCAUUUUGUCACAGUUUUGCUGUAAUACUACUACCCAGGAGCCUGUUAUUAAUAGGUAUAUAGAGAGUAAUAUAUUCUGACCACUAAGAAAACAAAUUAUAUUAUAUAUUCAUUCAUAAUGUAUUGAUCAGUCUUUGUCAAUGUAUUUAUUGACUGUUAAAUAAUGGAUCUGUGUUUGAGACUGUUAAAUUGUGUAGUUUUAUGUACCAGGCCGACGCGUCAGUGUCUGCAUUACACUACUGUAGAUGUUUAGGGGAUGAGCUCAGAGCUCACAUUAUCACAGUUUUUUUGUUCUUGUAGAUCACCGCUGAACUCAACCAUAUUCAACUUAUUCUGACUAAACCAUUCAUUUUGAUUCCCAGCUCAGAUGACAUUCUGACGCAAAUGAUUGUUUUCCAUUGCGGAUCAGCAUUGUUCUAAGAGUAUACCUUGUGGGAACAUUCCCAUCAUUCCAGAGGCCUUUGUUGUUAAUCAUUAAAAAAUAUAUAUAUAUAAUAAUCCCUGACAGUGUUUACAUUUGAUGUCAUUUUGCGGUUUGUUUUAGUGUUUUAAAUGUUAGAUUUUAUUGUUGCCUUGCAGAUUCAUCUAUUCAUUUAGGUACAUUUUAAUUAAGAUUACUUGAUCAUGGAGUGUAUUUUGCCAUAGUAAUACAUUGCUGUGUGUUCUAAUAAUUUGCCUAUAGUCGUGUGCCAUUUGCCCAUAUCUAAUUAUGUAACAGCUGCCUGAAUCUGCCCCAACAGCUGUAGUAAAAUCAAUGACAUGAAAAAAGGCUUUGUUUUGCAUCAGUGGAAUAUAAAAUGAAAUUCAUUAUUUUAGGCCUUUGUAUUGUCAUUAAUGGUCUACUGACCGUUUUGCUUUUAAAUCAUGUGGUAUAUUAGCAAAAACAAGCAAUGAACAGUAAGAUGUGUUGCCUCUGUCCCCCCUCAGCAUAUGCUGUCUAAGAUACACUAUAUGGCCAAAACUAAGAUACACUAUAUGGCCAAAACUAAGAUACACCCAACCAUAACCCCAGGGACGUCAGUAGAAAAUCAUUUAUGGGGGG